AUGUUUCAAUUGAAUAAUCUAUUCUGUUGGAUUCUGAUCCGUUUAACUGUUGCUACGCCACAAGUCAAUCUUCAUUAUACACACUGGAUAAAUACCAAUGUUAAUAAUGGAUCACAACAUGAUUGCUUACGUGUUCUUACUCUUAUCGAAGAAAGUCAAUAUCAUCAUCAAAUAAUGUUAUAUUGUAUGGAAGAAUUAUUAUUAGAAUUUCAUUUUGAAACGAAGAAUAUUUUAUUUAAAAAUUUUACUUUUGAAGAACUUUCAAAACAACGUAUUACAAGUCAGCAAUUAUAUGAGUGGUCAACACCAGUGGACAUUAUUGAAGAUUAUCAAUCUUAUUUAAAUGAAUUAUCAACAUCAUCAUCAUCGUCGUCGUCUUUAGCAGCACAAGUUUUCUAUAAUUGUACAUUACCAAGAUUCGGUUCAAUGUGCCAAUAUGAAUUAUAUAAUUAUCAUGAAAAUUAUUUAUCUUUAUAUGAAAUCAUUUAUGAUUUUUAUCAUAAUUAUGAAUACUAUCCAAAAAUUGUAACUUGCUAUACACAUUUAGCAUGCUAUCGUGGUCCUUAUCCAUCAUGUUUAGAUUGGAGUGAAAUUUGUAAUGGAAAAGUUGAUUGUCUCGAUGGUGAAUUUGAUGAAGAACAUUGUUGGCAACUUGAAAUGAAUAAAUGUCAAGAUAAUGAAUUUCAAUGUCCCAAUGGACAAUGUAUACUGGAAUCAUUUAUUCAAGAUAAUAUCAAUGUUAGUUAUUGUCUUGACGAAGCUAAUGAUUAUCAUCGAUCUAGCCUCGGGUUUACUCACUGUGAAAUGACAGAACCAUCAUUUAAUUGUGAAGAUAUAAGACGUAAUGAAAAGUUUUUGACAAGUUCGUAUUUCUCGCAACGAGAGGAUGUUUUAUUACGUGCCAUGUUUUCUAUCAGGUAUAUUUCUAUAUCUGAUAUUUGUUGGCUUUCAUGCAUAUGUAAGAUCUACUGGAACCUUUUACGCGAUUCGAUUUGUUACAAUUAUUGUUCUAACGGUGAAUGUAAUGAUGUUAUAGAGAGAGAAUGUCCAGACAUGAUGUUCAUUCCAGUUAUUCCAGUUUUAUUUGGUCAUAUUUAUUUUGCGUAUAGAAAAAAUCAUUCAAAAAUUUCAAGCAAUUCAGAUUUCGGUUACCCUUACGUAUGUUAUAAUAAUUCAAUUUAUGAUAAUUAUUUUAUCAAUGCAACAAAAGUAUUCUUCAAUAAUACAAUAUGUUAUUAUCGUAAAAAUAGACUUUUUCUAUAUCCUUCAUUACAAGACUGGCAUAGACAGUAUUUAUUACCCUACUAUCGUGAUCUUUGGGAAUAUCAUUACAUGUCAAAAUAUAAUCAAAGUUCUAAUUAUAUCUCUAGAAUGUGUAGCAAUUCAAAUAUUUAUCGAUGUAAUAAUUCAAUUCAAUGCAUUUCCAUGGACAAAAUUAUGAACAAAGUCAUCGAUUGUCCUAAUGGAGACGAUGAAAAUAUACUUUAUGUUGGUAAUAUUAUUUUACCGGAUCAGGCCAUAGGUACUUUUGGUACGUAUCCGGAAAACAUAAAAACGAUGCUUCGAUAUGUCAGAAAACAUAUUUUAUUUCAAACAAUUUGUGACGGAUUCGUUGAAUUAUCACCGAUACUUAUUGGUGAACAAAAUCACACAGAUGAAACAGAAUGUGAACAAUGGCAAUGUAAUAAUAUCUAUACUCAUUGUGAUGGUUUAUGGAAUUGUCUUGAUGGCGCGGAUGAAAUCGGCUGUGAUUCAUCUUCAUUAUUAAAUUGUUCUCCGAAUGAUCACAUAUGUAUUUCGCCUCAUACAAAACAAUUCAUGUGUUUACCUAUUACGAAAGCAAAUGACGGUAAGAUCGAUUGUAUUGGAGCUACUGAUGAAACAUUACUAUGUCAGCGUGGGCUGUAUGCAUUACACAAUAUAGAUAAUUUCUAUUGUAUAAAGGGAAACAGUGGUUAUUGUAUUCCAUAUUUAUAUCUAUGUGAUGGUGAUCAAGAUUGCAUUGAUGGAACUGACGAACAAUUCUGUGAAAAAAAUCGAACAUAUCCGGAAUCUGUUGAUUCUAUCUGUGAAUCAUCCGUUUUACCAUUGGCUUCUGAUGUUGAGCAGUUUAUAUGCAACCGUAUGAAAAUCUUUGUGAAACGGCGCCUCAUAUAUUUUUCACUGGACAGAAUGCAUCAAACAAUCGAUGACCAAUCAAAACAUAUCGAAAACGGAAUACAAUUCAAUUCAAUUAUGAAUAAAAUGCCACAACAAGUUCAACAUAAUUGUAAUCGUGGUGUUAAUUUACGUGUUUGGUUGAAUAAUGAGAAUAGUUCAACACGAAUUACAUGUCUUUGUCCAUCUAGUUAUUAUGGUGAUAAAUGCCAGUAUCAAAAUGAAAGAAUAAGUUUAACACUACAAGUUCGAGUAUUAUCUGAUUCUUGGCAAAUACCAUUUUCAAUAAUUAUUUUACUUAUUGAUAAUACUGAUCAAAGAAUAAUUCAUUCAUACGAACAAUUAAAUNUUACUCACUGUGAAAUGACAGAACCGUGA